AUGUCUCGGCUUCUCUCCAAGCUCUCUCCCUUCAGAAUUCACUCUAACUGGAUUAUAUGGUCCUCUUACUUACUUGGCAGAUUCACAAGAGGAACUUUCGCUCGUUUUCAUCGUCCACCAUAUUUGUCGGUUGAAGUGAGUGCGAAACUCUUGCCAGAAGGCGGAAGCAUUGGAGAAGUGGUUUUGUUCGACCCUGCCAAAGAAGAGUUACUUAAGGUUACGGCAAAACAAUUCCAGAAGAAUAUGUUUUUGCCAAAGGCAUUGGAGCUUCCAAGGGAUGGGGAUAUUUCUGUGACCCUCAAGAUCGUUGCGUACUUAUGA